UUUCUCUUCACGUGCUCCUAGUUCAUACACAGAAAUGAUUUCCUCUGAAGAUUCCUGUGUGUGUUCCUUUUAGGAAAGCCUUGGAUUCAUUGUUCCUUGGCUGUGGCUUUCUAGAAAUGUGUGUUUCUGCAUAGUGAUCGUUGCUUGUCACCGUGGCCAGCUGCUCCCAGUGCCGUGUAGUGCCAGUGAAAUAGGUGGAUGCAUGUGCUUUGAUGCAUACGUAAUGCUCGUGCAUGUUAAUUGUGUAAAAGUAUCCCCUGUUUGUUCUGCUGCGAGGGAUCGGAGUGAUCUGCACUUGACAAGGCUGAGGAAGCUGUGGAAAUAACUGCACUCCCUUUUGGGAGGAUUUUGCUGGGCGAUGAGGAGAUGAAACUGAACGAAACGAUUUCACGUGUUUCUAUCGCGUCGCUGUACGGAAUUUGGAAGUACUAAUACGGAGCGCUUGACCUUCUAAUCUCUAGCAGCUGAAUCUCCUGAGACCAGGAUUAGGAAAAGAGUGCCUUCGGAACCAAUAUGUAGCAAAUGGGUAUCGCACCUCUGAAGCUCCUCCCUUGGUUCAACACUUGCAUGUUUUAAGGAUCCUUGUAGCCACAACAGUGAAUUGCUCUUGUUAACUUCAGAAGUGGAUUUCAUGUGGUGCUUGCUAAGUGUUGAAUCACCAUGAGUAGUAAUCUAGGAAAAGAAAAGGACUGUAAAGAGAAGGAUCCAAAAGUCCCGUCGUCAAAAGAAAGGGAGAAGGAGGCCAAAGCCUCUGGAGGAUUUGGGAAAGAAAGCAAAGAGAAGGAGCCCAAGACCAAAGGGAAAGAUGCCAAAGAUGGAAAGAAAGACUCCAGUAGCACGCAGCCUGGGGUGGCUUUUUCAGUGGACAAUACAAUAAAAAGACCUAAUCCAGCCACAGGUACCCGCAAAAAAUCCAGCAAUGCUGAAGUGAUCAAAGAGCUAAAUAAAUGCCGGGAAGAGAAUUCAAUGCGCUUGGACUUGUCCAAGAGGUCUAUACACAUGCUUCCAUCAGCUGUCAAAGAGUUAACGCAGUUAACAGAACUUUAUUUAUACAGUAACAAACUGCAGUCUCUACCGGCAGAGGUGGGCUGUCUUGUGAACCUGAUGACACUGGCCCUGAGUGAGAAUUCACUCACCAGUUUGCCUGACUCUCUUGAUAACUUGAAGAAACUGCGCAUGCUUGACCUGCGGCAUAACAAACUGAGAGAGAUUCCUUCGGUGGUGUACAGACUGACUUCUCUCGCCACUCUUUACCUACGCUUUAAUCGUAUAACUACUGUGGAAAAGGAUAUCAAAAACUUGUCAAAACUCACCAUGCUUAGCAUACGAGAGAACAAAAUCAAGCAACUACCUGCUGAAAUUGGUGAGCUGUGUAACCUCAUAACGCUGGAUGUAGCGCACAAUCAGCUUGAACAUCUUCCAGAAGAGAUUGGAAGUUGCACGCAGAUCACCAACCUUGACUUGCAGCACAAUGAGCUCUUGGACCUGCCAGAAACCAUAGGAAAUCUAUCCAGUUUAAGUCGUCUUGGCCUGAGGUACAAUAGGCUGUCAGCAAUUCCGAAGUCUUUAGCAAAAUGCAGUGAACUUGAUGAACUGAACCUGGAGAACAACAAUAUUUCUACUUUACCAGAGGGUCUUUUAUCCAGCCUUGUCAAGCUGACUAGUUUAACGCUGGCCAGGAACUGCUUCCAGUCCUAUCCUGUGGGUGGCCCGUCCCAGUUCUCCACAAUCUACUCUCUCAACAUGGAGCACAACCGCAUCAAUAAAAUCCCCUUUGGAAUUUUCUCUAGAGCUAAAGUAUUAAGUAAGCUGAACAUGAAGGACAAUCAGCUGACCUCUCUCCCCUUGGACUUUGGGACUUGGACUAGUAUGGUAGAACUGAACUUAGCAACCAACCAACUCACAAAGAUCCCUGAGGAUGUGUCUGGGCUUGUUUCUCUUGAGGUUCUUAUAUUGUCAAAUAAUCUCCUAAAAAAACUUCCCCAUGGAAUUGGAAAUCUCCGGAAACUCCGAGAGCUAGACCUAGAGGAAAACAAACUGGAAUCCUUGCCAAAUGAAAUAGCUUACCUCAAGGAUCUGCAGAAAUUGGUUCUGACUAAUAAUCAGUUGACCACCCUUCCCAGAGGUAUCGGUCACCUUACCAAUCUGACUCACCUUGGGCUUGGAGAGAAUCUUCUCACACACCUUCCUGAGGAAAUUGGUACACUGGAGAAUCUGGAAGAACUGUAUUUGAAUGACAACCCCAAUCUGCACAGCCUUCCCUUUGAGCUGGCUCUUUGCAGCAAACUGUCAAUAAUGAGUAUUGAGAACUGCCCACUCAGCCACCUUCCGCCUCAGAUUGUUGCAGGAGGACCCUCUUUCAUCAUUCAGUUCCUAAAGAUGCAGGGACCAUACCGUGCCAUGGUCUGAUGCUAAUCGGAUUGUCCAAUACACUGUACAAAAAUACAAACUGCAUUAAUGUUUUAAUUGUCUGCAUAUGUAUAUAUAAUAUAAUAUAUGUGGUUUAUAUUAUAUUAUAUAUAUAUAAAUAUAUAAAUAAUAUAAAACGGCAAAUUUAAGACUGCAUUAUGUGUUUCUGCUAAUAGAGGAAUCAUAGCCAUUUAGAUUUUUUUUUUUUAUCUGUAAAAAUGCUUGUCUAAGUUUUCUUUGCUGAAUUUGAUGGAAGUUGAGUAACCUGGACAUGCCAGUUCAUUUAAAGCAAUUGCCAAUGAACUCAAAGUUAAAUUUAAGGGACAAAGAUAGUUUUGCUUAGAUUUACUUUCAGUUAAGAGAAACAUAUAACCUUUAUAUAAUGAACUUUUCUGUUUUAAUCCCUCUUUUUUUUUUUGUGUGUGUCAAAACCUGAAAGGGUCACGUGUCCUGAGGUUGGGAUUUUCUUUUAACUUAUUUUGAGAUUUGAAGCAAAUGGUGUUUUUAUAUUGUUUACAGUCAGAGUAAAUCACUGGAUUUUGUUUUAUUUUGAUUUGCUCUGUUUUAAUCAAUCAUAUCUAGAAUUUAUAUGCCUCUGCUGAUGAAUUUUUAUCAACCGGUUUGUAUAGUAAAGACAUACUCAUCAGAACAACUGGCAGGUGAAAAGGAUGCAGUCAAAACAAAAGGAGAAAAAAAAAAAAAAAAAAAAGCUUGAAUUCUUUUAAGUCUUGCUUCCCUGAAUUAUCAGUUGCAGGCAUAACAUAUCUGAACUGAGCCUUUUGCGAUUGGUCUUUUCUAGCACAAGUAAACCUUUUCAGAUUGGUGAAAACACGGAGUGUACUCAGCGAGAAGCGGUUUUCUUUUUUGUGAAGUAACGACUCCACGAGGUCUAACAGUACAGUUAAGUGGCAAAAAUAAUAUAUAUGUACACUUUUAUUACAGUGUUGAGUCAUAAACUACAACAGGCAAUUUUAAGGAUUCCUUAUAGUCCUUGUACAAUAAAUGAAUGUGUCUUACUUUUGAACACUGCAAUAUAUGUAAGUUUUAAAGUUGGUAACAAUGUACUAUGGUUUUAUAUCUUGACUUGCCUUGUACCUCCUUCCAUUAUGGAACUUCUGUGUCCAAGCACAAUAUCUUCACACUGUGCUGUUUUGCUGCUGAACUAAAUGCACUUUUCCCCACAGCUGGGGCACUUGCUUCAAAAUAUUCAGUUCAGUAUCUUGAUGAUUUCUUUUUUUUUUUUAACUUUCAUCCUAUCUGUUUCAGUAUUAAACCGAUCUAUUAAAAAAGAGGCACCUUUUUCAUUUGUGCAUCGCUGUCGAUAGCUCGAGAGAAACACUGUGAGUAGAAGACAUUCAGUUUUACUGCAACUUCCUUGGUUGCUCACAGGGCAGAAGACACUUCAGGGAAACGUAUGCUGUUGCUGCACUUGCAGGGCCAGUUGCCCUUUUCCAGGAGGGCAGGAGCUCGAGGCGGUUGCAUUCCACCAUUCCACGUUUAGUAAAGAGCUGUCCAGUUCAUACUCGCUGGAGUUGCUGCUGGGGUAGUGUGGUUUAGAGGACUUUGAACAAAAUCAAAUCAGCUGAUGCUAUGAGAAAUGUAUUUCAUGCGCAGAAGCUUGGGGGAAUGUUAUUUCUGGCUUUCAGGCAUGCUUACUUACAUGUAUUGCCUUGAUCUAGUUUUGCUUUUUUUUUUUUUUUUUUUUUUUUCCCCAGCACUGCAUUCUGUUUUGUCUUAUGUCUUUUCAUUAACAAGGAGUAAGUUUUAAAUGGAAGGCAGGUGGAGAUAUAAAACCUUAGAGGGCUUAAAUGUGCUGUAAAACUAUUGUAGAUGUCACUGGAUUUUACUAAGUAAUAUUCUUUUCUUUCUCACACAAUCACUCUCUGCCCCCACCUCUUCCCCUCUUCCCCCUUGUUUCUUUUUUACAUCUACUGUAGCUUUUCAGUUUAGAAUUUAGUUUAUAAAAGGCUAUUUUCGUACAGUUCUGCCUGAAGUUAAUCUUUCUCAGCAUUAAGGUGUUAAAAUAUGAAGAUGCUGCGAGAUGCAUAAUUUCAAGACUGUAAUCUAACUUUGGAAUAUACUUCUAAACCCACAUUUGUGCCCUCGGGUCACUGGGGGAAAAUGGAUUGAUGAAUAUGGUUCUUUGAAACAAAAGUGGCGACCCCUUGUGUUGUCAGGCAUCUUGGUCUCAUUCCAUGUCUGCUCCUCAAUCUCAUUUUUAUAAGAGCUGACAGGAUUAAAUUUGCUUAGUUUGUAAAUACGUCAGUUAUUCACCUUGUUAAGGUACAUGGUUCAUGACUGUAUGAUUGCAGCUCACCCUCUUUCACAUAAAUUCUUGUGGAUGGGUUGGCUACCGAAAUAGUGCUCGUUACACUCGCUUAAAAACAAAGUAUUCUUUUCAUUACACUUAUAGGGAUAAAUAAAGCUAUGUUUUAAUUCAUUACUAUAUUAAAAACAGGAUAUUUUUUCAAACUCUUUGUAUCAGUAUGGUUGUUGCAACGCCAGAUAAUCCCGAGCCCUGUUUUAGAAGUUUAAUUUUAUGCAUUCUGAAGGGAAAAUUUGAAAUGUUCUUUAAAAUUGUCCCAAAGUUUAGACAUUAACCAUAUGGAAUGGAUUGGGAGUAGGCACACAUAAGUCUCCAUAUGUGCACACAUGGAUUUAUUUCCAGAUCUAUUGAUAGAGCCAUACAGAUCCAGCUGUUCUGAUCAUAACAGACUUCUACAUUUGCCACGAUGCUGGCUUGUUAACUGGUGUGGUUUCUAAAUGGCAUUUAAUGCCUGAUGACACUGGGCACAUGCUGGUUUAUUUCAAUGUGUUUAAAUAUUUUGUUGGGCCUAAUCAAUUAAAAUAUGAACGGAAAUAACUUCAUCCUGACAAGUGUAUGUAUGCAUACAUACAUGUAUAUAUGUAUCUAUGUUUGUGUGAAAGCAUUGACAGAGUGGUGAAAUGAACUCUUAGGGCUUCUUCCAAAGCAGAACGCAGAAACAGGUCAUUCCCAAAUACUCAUAUUUUUGUCUGCCUUGUCCUACUGUUAUCUCCCAAAUAAUUUACAGGGGUAAAACGUGACAAUCUUUACUUUGGGUGAAAAUAAUGACCUUUAUAUCUGUUUUGAAUGUCUCCCUGCAAUGUACAUAAAAAUAUGUGCAUAUACAUAUGCUCUAUAAAGACACUGUCCUGAAUCAUGCCUUGACAUAGCAGAAGCUGAAUUGCUGUACUUACAGACUACACAGUGUUAUGGAAAUUUGGUAAGGCAUAAAACAGAUUAGGGAUGUGUUAAAUAACAAAGAGAGGGUUUUAUUGCCAUUAUGACUCAUUUUGGUUGCAUUGCAUUUAAAUUUGCUAAAUAGAAAGCUGUUAUUCCCUGCAAAAAUGUUUUCUUUAAGUUCAGAUAGUAUUACAUAGAACCAUUACAGUUCUGUCUCUUCUUGUCCCGUAUUUAACUUCCUAAACAAAUUUUCUAGUCUAAAUGCAGCAGAAGGGCUGCGUGUAAAGCUGGGCCACGAAGCUGUAUGAUUGGCACUUUGUAGUUUGUCAGAUGCUAUUGGAGACUUCUAAAUUCAUACGCCUCUUUUUGGAAAGAGAUUUAUGCUGUAAAAUAUUUGCUUCAGUGCCUCUUUUUGGUUUAGGUUUUCCCUGCAGUUUGUCCAUCUUUUGCUGAUGUUGUGUGAGAAAGUGCAUGUUCAGACUUCUUGAAGGUCGUGUUUGUACAUGAUUUAGUAAAGUAGUACUCAAACUGUCUGGCUGGUUAGCACUUAAACCCGUUGUAUCACGUGAAAUUCAAGUAUCAUCUCUGAUCCUGGGAGUUGGAAAAAUAGCUUUUAUUUAAAAAUCACAGAGCUUUAUCAGAGUGUUUUUUGUUUUGUUUUGUUUUGAAUUUAAAUUUCUGAAUCAGUACAGACUUAGCUGGAGAAUCUUCAUAUCUGGAUUCAACUAAGAACUUUCGUAUGGUCAAAUCACACCUCAGUUGUAUCCAAUUGGCAUGCUGAGAAUAGCUUCUAAUUAGAUGUGCAGUUGGCAGUAAUUUGCGCAACACAAACUUCAAGGCACGGUGAGGACAAUUACAAACAACCGAUAGUAUCUACAAGUCGUUUUUGUUUUUAUGCUGACGAAGGUCAGAAAAUGAUGUUUAAUAUUCUGAUGUUUAGGUCUUAACCAGGACUGCACAGGACUUUUACUGUGGAAAAAUACCAGACCACGCUAAUUUUGUGGUUAAAAAGCUAAACAAGAGUGUAAACAGUCUACAAAAAUGUACUUUUAAUCUGAAUUAUUGUAAUGUUGAUUGUUAUGUCUAUAUAAAAGAUUGCCUUGCUUUUUUAUAAGAGUCAUUCUGUAUCAAUGCAUUCAUUAUAAAUAGUAUAUUUGUAAAUGA